AUGCUGUUCAACAAGUUGACCUUUGCUCUGGUCGCCGGUCUCGCCGCCGUCGGUGAGGCCGAGCACCACGCUCGUCGUGUCCACCGAGUCCGCAGCAUCAUCCCCAGCGGCUCUCCUGCUCCUCUGCCCACUAUCACUCGCACCGUCGUCCCCACUCCCAUCGAGUCCGGAUCUGAUGCUACCUCCUCUUCCUCUUCCUCUUCCGCGGUCGUGGCUCCUUCUGGUCCCGCUGCUUCAGGCCCUGCCUCCUCGGGCCCUGCUUCCUCCAGUGCCGCUCCCUCGCACACUCCCUCCAGCAUCCCCUUCUCUCGCCCUCCUCCUCUCGGCACUGGUGUCCCCAGCCACGGUGCUGGCUCUGGCGCUGCCUCCAGCGCCACUGGUGAUCUGACCCUGACUUACACCGUGGGAACUGGCACCUCCACCAGCGUUGUCACUACCACUAUUCACCGCACUACUACCGACGUGCACACCGUGACUGCCACUGAAAGCCCCGAUGCCAAUGGCCACAACCAGGGUGGCAACGGUGAGCAGACCACCACCCUGCACUCUACUGCCACCGAGACUGUCACUCUUGUCGAGGUCCCCACCACCUCCGUUACUGCUGGCAGCGGUGGCGAGGGCAACUGCAGCCCCGUUACCGUGACCGUUACUGAGACUGUGACUGCCAGCGGCACCACUGUCACCUCUGCCCCCAGCAACAACCACCAGCAGGAGGGCAACGGCAACGGCAAUGGCAACGGUGAGAACAACGGACACCACCACCACCAUCACACCACCUCCACUGAGGGUGAUGACUCCGAGACCACUUCCACCGAGACCGUUGUCCCCACCCCCAGCGCCACUCUGAUCCCCGGCCGCCCUCCUUACGGCAACGGCAGCCACCCGAUCCCUUCCUCUUCCCGGGCUCCCUCCGGCUUCGCUACUAGCUCCCAGCCCAUCCCCUCGGGCUCCGCUAGCGCUGUGCCCUUCCCCAGCCACAGCGGCCACCCUGGUGCUCCCUCGGGUGCUCCCAGCGGCAAGCCCUUCCCUCACAACUUCCGCCGCCGCUACAUCUAA